UGUGCGCCAGCAGCAGCAGUUCAGCUGCCCCGCUGAGCGUGCAGCAGACGCACACACACAAAAGGGUCGCCAGCCCCGCAAGCGUCGCAGACUGAGCUUAAAAGUUUGAUUUUUGGGAGGAGAGGAGAAGAAGAGGCAGAAAUGAAGUAGAGGGGGAAAAGAUAAAAGAAGUGAAAGAAAGAGAGGAAAGAGGAGAGGAGGAACUCCCAGCUCCUUGUAAUUUGCUGUGGGAGAGAGGGAGGAGGAGUUAAGGGGAGGGGAAUACCCAGCAGGGAGGGAGCAGGAGAGAGCAGAGGCCAUUCACUCUGACACACACACACACUCACAUGCAAACACACACAUGAACACUUUUAGACACACACAUGCAGGCGGUGGAUGUGUUGCCACAGGAGAGAGGGAGGGAGAGAGGCAUUCAGACAGAGGAGAUCCUCAGCAAACUGAAGUGAGAGAAGGACUCAGCCUGAAGAGUGUGUGGAGAAAACCUGAGAGUGUAUGCUCCUGUGUUUAUUUUGGAGAAGCGGACUGCACGUUUGCUCCAGGAGAGAGGAUUCACAAUGACUGGGACAGUUUGGGAAAUCUAAGGGAAUUCUUUCCAGGCUUCUGCUGGGAAUAUUCUUUGGAAUACUCUGGAUAUGUGACCUGCUUGGGAAAUCCUGCUUUCCUUUUAAACCUGCGCCUCACUUUUUAAAAAACACACUCUAAUUUCUGUUGAAUUGGAGCCAAGCCGCAAUGCCUACCGACGAUUAUAACUACCUACCUGAUGCAUUGCCUCCACUCCCCGAAGUCCCGGACUCUGGCUCGGCCCUGAGCUCCGCUGACAUUCCCUCCCGCUGCCUCCGCAACCCGGCCUUCCGCCACACCUCCGCGCGCUACUGCUCCGCCCUCAGCAUGGACUCCUCUCCGGAUAGCGCCGAAAGGCCGAUCAGCUACAGCUCCACCUCUUCUUCUGCCUCCUCGCGGGACAGUCACUGCUCACUGGGCAGCCGCUCAACCCUCGUCCCCACCCCUCACUGUAACCCUGUGACUUCAGACCGGGACUCCGGGGCAAUCCGGUUGGAACUGGUCCCGGCCCGGCAGCUGGGAUGCGGGGAGGAAGAUGAUAGGAAUGAUGGAGGGAUGGACACAGGGAGGGGACAGGGGAGACAGGACAGUGGACAGACUGUGACAGAACAUUCAGAGCCUGAGGUGAGCCCAGAGGGAGGAGAGCGGACGGGUCAGGUGCAAGGACCAAGGACGUAUGUGGACCGGGUGGUGCAGGAGAUAAUGGACACAGAGAGGACCUACGUCCAGGAUCUGCGCAGCAUUGUAGAGGACUACUUGGAGUGCAUCAGUAACCAGUCUCGGCUGGCCCUGAGCUCUGAGGAUAAAGGCUCCCUGUUUGGCAACAUCCAGGACAUCUACCACUUUAACAGGGAUCUUCUUCAUGAUCUUGAGAAGUGCAACGCCGACCCCGUGGCCAUCGCAGAGUGCUUCGUAUCCAAGGUAAAGAUGGCCGCCUCCCUGCCACCUUUUUACCCCACGGCAUUUAUUUAA